CUCAAGGGUGAGAGGUUGAGACUUCUUGUUGGGAAAAUAAAAAUCCCACUCAUUGUGGGAUAUAUUCCAUUCUUUCUGCAUUACAGUCUUUUCGGUAUUAUAAUAAAUCUGGUAUCGCUAAUCUUGAACUUUAUUAUUUAAAAGAAGACAUGAAAAGAGGAGCAUACCAAUGCCUUUUCUUGUUUGUGAUAUGUUUAACGGUGUUCCCUGUAACUCCUUUGGAAGAAGAACUCUCCGAUACUCUGUUUGACAAUUUUCUGGAGCCACUGAAGGGCUUGUUUAACAAGAAUGAUGACAACAGUGCCUAUGCCAAGUUCUCUCUGCGAAAACCUUCAGACCCAGAUGACGAUGUUUGUUAUAUUAUCCCUGGAAAACCAGAGACCCUCAGUGACUGCCACUUCAACACCACCGCUAAAACCUUUUUGGUGAUUCAUGGAUGGACGGUGAGCGGGAUGUUUGAGAGCUGGGUUGCCAAGCUUGUGGCUGCACUGUAUGAGAGGGAGCGUGAUGCCAAUGUAAUAGUUGUGGACUGGCUCAGCACAGCCCAGAAUCAUUACGUUGUGGCUGCCCAGAACACUAAAGCAGUUGGACAAGAUGUUGCUCACUUUAUAGACUGGAUAGAGGAGAAUACUAAUGUGCCUCUCAAGAAUCUUCACCUCAUUGGCUACAGUCUGGGAGCUCAUGUAGCUGGGUUUGCUGGAAGUCAUGCUUCUAACAAAAUUGGGAGGAUAACUGGUCUGGAUCCAGCUGGACCUGACUUUGAAGGAGCUCAUGCCCAUCACCGCCUCUCCCCUGAUGAUGCCCAUUUUGUGGAUGUGCUCCACACCUUCACCAGAGGCUCUCUGGGCCUGAGCAUUGGCAUCCAGCAGCCAGUGGGUCACGUGGAUAUCUAUCCCAAUGGUGGCAGCUUCCAGCCCGGCUGCAAUCUGCGUGGAGCCCUUGAGAAAAUUGCUAAUUUUGGGAUACUAGCAAUGUCCGAUGCAAUAAAGUGUGAGCAUGAGAGGUCCGUCCACCUGUUCAUCGAUUCACUGUUGAAUGAGCAGGAGGCGAGCAAGGCGUACAGCUGUGGGAGCAAUGACAUGUUUGACCGCGGUGUCUGCCUUAGCUGCAGGAAGAAUCGCUGUAACACUGUGGGCUAUGAUGUCAGCAAAGUCCGCAAGGCCCGCAGUGUCAAGAUGUUCACUAAGACACGAGCCUCCAUGCCAUUCCGAGUUUACCACUACCAGCUGAAGAUUCACUUCUCCUGUAAGGUGAACCAGUCUGAGAUGGAGCCCUCAUUGACUGUCUCUCUGUACGGAACUAAAGGGGAUGCCGAAGACCUUCAGUUGAACAUGAAGGACAAGAUUUCAGUCAACAAGACUCAUUCCUUCCUGCUGGUGACAGAGAAGGACAUAGGGGACCUGCUGAUGAUGAAAUUCAAGUGGGAGGAGUCCAGCAGCUGGUCGUCAUCCUCCUUGCUACAGAUGGUGUCCUCCUGGUGGUCAGGCAAUUCUGCUGCCACCUCUGGUGUGGAGGUCCACAAGAUCCGUGUUAAAGUUGGGGAGACACAGAAGAAGAUGGUUUUUUGUGUCAAAAGUCCUCAGGCUCUCAAUUUUGCACAGGAAGUCACCUUUGUGAAGUGCAUGGAUGAUUGGAAGAGCCACUCAAAAAGGCAUAACUUGAAGAGACACUGACCCUGAAUGUAAGGAACUACUGUGGACCAACUGUAACCUAUUAUUGAAAAAGCACUUGGAAAGUAAUCCAUUCAGCUGUAAUUAAUGUUUCUCAAACAUAAUGUACUGCUAUGUAUAUAAUGUGAACUGUCAUUCAUAAUUUGUAAAUAUGUAAAAAGAACUGCUUUUGAGCCAUACAAUAUUGUGCUUUCCAUCUGGCAACCCAAAGAGACAUUUUUUGAGUGCAUGUCUGUAAUGCCUUUGAAAGCUUUACUACAUUGUUGCAUUAGAGCUCGCCUUGAGAAAUCAUGGGAAUGCAAAACACAACUUUGGCUCAUUUUUUCAAAGCAAUGCUUGCAAUGCCAAGUAUCAGUGCGACUGCCAGUUUAAUAACUUUCUGUGUUAUGCUGUGACACUUGAAUGUAUAUAUACAUUACCUACAUAUUGCAGGUAGUAGUAGGUAGUAGUCCUCAUCUAACAGGGGAAUUCUUAGCAAAUGAACUGUCAACAAAGCCUUUGGUGGAUCAGGACUAAACUGCUGUCCCACCCACUGGUAUUGUUUUGUAUAUAAUGGCUGAAACAGCAUUCACCACUGUCUGCCUCACUUUGUGGGUUACGGAACUGACAGAGUGUGCCUUAAAAUAUUGGGAGCAGUACAAAUGGGAGCUGCAAUCAAUAUGUAAACUGUCUUAAUCGAUGUCUACUGUGCUGCUGUAUCAUUAAUCAUUUUAUUGUAAAUUGUGCAUAUCUUGGUUAGUGUAAUGUCUAAAUUCUAAGGUAUUAGAAGACAUCAGUAGUAUUUUAGUGAGUCUAUCCAGUUUAUUUAUUCAAGCACUUGAGUGAAAAAGAUGUGUAUUAUUUUUUAUAUGACUUAGUUCAAGAUAUCUUAUUAAGGUCAAUGUAAAUUACCUUGUUCGUUUAGAGUGAAAAAUCUGGGCCUUUGCUGACAGUGAGGACAUUGCAGUCUUUUACACAAUACCUACUAAUGAUCAGGGGUGGAAACCCUGGCUUCAGAAAGUAAAAGUCCUACCAUGUAUUUGUUCUAGCCAUUCACUAAAAAAGGUGAU